UAGCUGCCGACAGCUGGUGACGAGGCAGGUAGCCAGCGAGGGGUUGCCCAAGGUCGUCGAGGGUAAAUCGAGGGUAACCCCCGACAAAGGGAGUUGGCAUCCACGCGCGGAGGAGAAAUUCGACCGUCCUCCUCGCACCUCGCGACAGGCUAACGCCAUCAUCGCGUUCAUUUGUUCGCCAUAUAGCGUAUAUAGGUCGGCGGUACGCCUCGCGCGGCCGUCGCUGAAACCAAGUUCAAGGCCAAAGGCUCGGCAAAGGCCACAAUCGCGCGCGAACGGUGGGGGUCGUUGAUGGCUGAACAAGUGGAGGGGCUGUUGAACGCAACCCGCGGAACAUCACUCAGUCGGCGGUGAUGCUGUCUCGUGUUUGCACGCGUUUCGUGGUCGCGCUCGUUCCUCAAAGUCGGAGCGGCCUUCCCCUCGCAACAGGCGACCGCUCGAAGUGACUCGCGGAUCCGAGUCAGUCGAGAGGAUCACCGGCCGGUCGGAAACGCAAACGAGAGGCGAGGAGCCGAAGGAGUCGACGGCGACUCCCGCGAUACCAGUGCCGAUAGAGCUGACCACGUGCGUGAGAGUGCAACCGAGUCAAAAGUUUAACGCGGUGCGUUUCCCCAAACCGUCAUGGGAGACGAAUUACCGAUUCUGAAAGGGAUCCUCAACGGAGUAGUCAACUAUCACAAUGCACCGGUACGAUUCGGCCGCGUGCCCAAGCGCGAGAAGGCCAGGAUUCUGGCCGCCAUGCAACAGAGUUCUCACAGCCGCUCUCAAGAAAAGGCGGUAGCGGCUGAGCUGGAGGACGAGCAGCGUCUUCUCGCGACCGUGGUGCGAGCCCAUCUCGACACAUGCGACUUUACGAGGGACAAAGUGGCUCCCAUCCUUGCCAGAGCCCGCGAGACCCCCAACUACACCGCCUGUCCACCGACCUUGGCAUGUCCCUUGAAUCCUAAUCCGCAACCGUUGACCGGGCAGCAGGAACUGCUUCAGGACUUCUCCAAAAGGUUCUCGCCGGCUAUACGCGGUGUCGUAGAGUUUGCGAAACGCAUACCUGGAUUCAACCUGCUGGCACAGGAUGACCAGGUCACCCUACUGAAGGCCGGCGUUUUCGAGGUGCUGCUUGUGCGAUUGGCCUGCAUGUUCGACGCUCAAACGAACAGUAUGAUUUGCUUAAAUGGCCAGGUGCUCAAACGGGAGUCCAUUCACAAUAGUAGUAACGCACGAUUCCUAAUGGAUUCAAUGUUCGACUUUGCCGAGAGGGUCAACUCCUUGCGAUUGUCCGAUGCUGAAUUGGGACUGUUUUGUUCGGUGGUGGUGAUCGCCGCCGACAGACCCGGACUUCGCAAUACCGAACUAGUCGAACGUAUGCACAACAAACUUCGAAACGCCUUACAAACGGUACUUGCACAAAAUCAUCCCCAGCAUCCAGACAUUCUCCGCGAGCUGUUGAAGAAGAUACCCGAUCUGAGAACUCUCAAUACUCUCCACUCGGAAAAACUUUUGGCUUUCAAGAUGACCGAGCAGCAACAGCAGCUCCAGGCCCAACAGCAGCAUCAGCAACAGCAGCAAACUCAACAUGUGAUCGCUACGCAGCAGCAAUCACAUUGGCCAAUGGAGGAGGAGCCUCCUGCUUCCUGGGGUUCCGCUUCCGACGUCACUCUGGACGAAGCAGUGAAGAGUCCGCUGGGCAGCGUAUCAAGCACCGAAAGCACCUGCAGCGGUGAGGUUGCCUCCUUGACGGAAUACCAUCACGUCGCACCGCCGAGCGGUCACCACGCGUCCAGCGCGCCGCUUCUGGCUGCUACCUUAGCCGGUGGAUUGUGUCCGCAUAGACGACGAGCGAACUCUGGUAGCACCAGUUCCGGCGAUGAUGAGCUCCACCGCUCCACCAUGUCGAAGACCCCUCAGCCACCACAGUGCCCGCGAUUCCGCAAGCUGGACUCGCCGAGUGACAGCGGGAUCGAAUCGGGCACGGAGAAGCCCGAUAAACCAGCCAGCAGCAGCGCUAGCAGCGCUCCUACGUCCGUAUGUUCGAGCCCACGGUCGGAAGACAAGGAAGUCGAGGACAUGCCAGUGCUCAAGCGCGUGCUUCAGGCGCCACCCCUAUACGACACCAACUCGCUGAUGGACGAGGCUUACAAGCCGCACAAAAAAUUCCGUGCUUUGCGCCAGAAGGACAGCGCUGAGGCCGAACCGGCCGUAGUGGUCCAGCACACGCAUUCGCAGUUGCACCUGCAUCUGACCUCGCCGCCAGCGCGGAGUCCGCCCGCGCAAACGACGCAGGCCCAGUGCCCGCAGACCGCGAGUCUGCUGAGCAGCACGCACUCCACUCUCGCGAGGAGUCUUAUGGAGGGCCCCCGAAUGACGGCGGAGCAGCUGAAGCGCACGGACAUCAUACACAAUUACAUAAUGCGCGGCGAGGCUAGUCCCGGAUCACCGACGGCAUCGCCAUCGCCCGCAGAACAAUGCGCAUCGACCACUACCGUGACGGCACGCUCGACGCAAGGAUCUCAGGGUCUCCUGCAAUGUGCCACCACGAGCUAUUCGAGCAGGUGGCCUGCCACUUCGGUCAUCACGACGACAACGGGCGCACGACAGCAACAGCAGCAGCAGCAGUCUUCCUCGGACUACCUCGCUGUUGGCAACUCCCCUGCUUCGUCACCGAGGUACUUGUCCGCAGCGGCAACAAGUAGUACGAGCACGAGUCCGAGGCCAACCUCGAGUACGGCGGCGACGUUGGUGCUGUCCGGCUGUCCUAGUAACAUGAUGGAACUACAAGUUGACAUUGCGGACAGCCAGCAACCGCUAAAUCUCUCGAAGAAGUCGCCAUCCCCAUCGCCAUCACCUAGGCCGCUGGUCGGACCUUGCAAGGCGCUCUCCCUUGAGGCGUAGUGUUCUCGCCCAAGUGACUUCUUGUGACACGUGCUGGCGCGCGCGCACGCGCGUCAAACUAGGACGUAUGAUCCACCUAUCGGUCGUCGUAAUACGUGGUACAACUUUUUCCGGCUCUUUAACUAGAAAUGAAAGUGCCAGGACGCUUUGAGCGCGUGACAAACCAAAUAAUUAAUUUAAACUAUUAAUUGAUAUAAAAUCGCUCGAGAAAGAGGAGGUGGAGGUUACGGAGAAACGAACGAGGAACAUUUCCGCAUAUGCUACGGACGAAGACGGACAUUUCAGUGACGAGUUGCUUUUUUUUCGAGUGUGCAAAACGACGAUAGACAGAACAGAUCAAUCACGGAUGCUUGCGUGAGAGUGCCGAUGCCUCCAACGAGAGCGACGGUGCCGUGUAGGGGAGCUACCUAAUCCACCUAAACUACGUAUCUACCUAUCUAUCUACCUAAAAUCUGUCCGCUCUAGGUGUAUAUCUAGAAGAUAGAGCAUCCGCGACGGAAAAAAAAGAAAGGUUGAGUGUUGCAGAAAUUAAUCUAUCUACAUGUGAUAAUCAUGAAAAUCGCGCAUCCUGUACAGUCUCCACCUCAUUCAUUGAUCAUCUAUUCUACUAUAAUUAUUGAAUAUUAUAAAACUAAUUAAUAUUAUUGUAAUAUGUGUAAGGUAUCGUAAUCGUAAAAAAUUGUCAUUUCGUGUAUAUGUAUAGGAGUCGCGUGUGACAUUCUUGUGCAAAUGACGACGAGAGGAGGAUGCAGAGAGAACGAGAAAGAGAAAGUAAGAGAGAAAGGGAGAAUGAAUGAAUGAAUGAUAAGUGAGCGUGCUUGUGCAAAUGAGUCGGGGCAAAUCGAAAAGCUUCUUGAUCGCGGUGGCAACUGAGAAAGGGAAUCGCGCACGCGAUUUUAAAGAAUUAAGUGUUUUGUUAUGAGACUGAGAUCGGCCCGCUGCGGCCACCAGUUUGCAAUUACCGUACCUUUAUAUUACGUUUCGUGUCUCUUUGUCAAGGAGAUGACUCGAGAAGUAAUUAUAUCCUUUAAUCGCGCCGUAUAGCGAGAUAAAUAUCGUACACCCGCUUAAACGCGUUAUACAAUAUUAUGUGUCGUGUGUGCAUGCAUGAAAGUCAGACAGAUAAAUCGAAACAGCAUCAUGAGAACGGAAGUAAAACGAAAAAGAGAGCGGAAGAGUGAGAUAUGCAGAGGAAGGCAGGAAAAAAAAUAGAGAAAGAGACAAAGAGAAGCCGUGAAGCACUCGAGCAAAGCGGAGCUCCGAUAGAACGGCGAAACGCAGUGUAAAUAGUAGAUUCGUAAGGCUAUGUCCUGAUAGGCGCGAGUGAACCUCUACAGUUUCAAACAAAAUCGUAAGGGAAAGCUCUAGAAAUACGCGGCGGACCGCCGCCGACGUGUUGUUGGGACACUCACCCCGCCGCCCUAAUCACCCGCAUAUCCCAAACCCCAACAUGAGUAUCGCAUCGAACACACAUACACUCAUAAUACACUGACUCGCUAGCAAGCAAACCGAUCUUGGGACCGUGUAGGAACACUUGUAGUGCCUCCUUUCGAGACGGACUAAAUCUUCUUGGAUCUCGAGCUAGAAGGAACUCAGGUUAAUAAAAUUUAAUUCGAGACGUGUAUCAGCUGGGUCCUCUGAAAACUGAAUUACUCAAGCUAAAUCAAAUUCGGCCAGAUUAAGAAGCUAGUCCAUACCAAAACGGGGCAUUAGAAGCGCAAUUAGUCUCCCGGUUGAAAUAUAGCCCGAGUAUUCCUAAACACCCAGCUUAGAAGACCUUUCUAUAUUUAUUAUAUCUAAAGUGCAUCUCCUUCGCCGUAUCACGUGUAUCGCACUCACCUGUUUAUCCGAGCGAAUCUUUGUAGAAUCCUUCUGACUAUCCUUAUUAAACACACGCAUAUACGCAGACGGACACAUUCACGUGACAUAUGCACAUUGAGCAAACACAUGUCUUGUCCCUAUCCCUAUCCUACAGACAACCUAGCGUUGAUAUUCGUAAUACUUGUUAUGCAUAAACUACACAUAAUUAUAUAGUAAACGAUAAAUAAAGUAUGAUAUAUUUCCCUAUCCUUUAAGAAGAAGCAUACAAACAGCUGUUGUUUCUGGUGGAAAAACAAAAAAUAUGGAUAAAACGUACUCUACUACAUGCAAGAAUACAAAUGCAGCCCCGCAUAUUGCCCAGUGAGCACGUCAUUUUGUACGCUUGGGAGUUGUGAGGUCGUCUGAAUAAACAUUGUCUGGUGAAUUAUACAUAAAAAAAA